AUGAAAAGAAAGGCUGACGAUAGCCCUUCUUUGUGGCGUGCCAAAUGUAUCGAAAGGUUUCAGCUAAAGCCCGUCCCAGAGGGAUGGAAGGAUGCCGUUGCCGGUGGCACUGAAACUGCAUGGAAAAGAUACUUCGAGUAUAGAAGCCAAGAGGAAGAAAAACUUUCAGUGUACGAUCCUGACCAUGAUGAUUAUUGUUAUGACGAGCCAAAGUGUGAUUUCAUGAAAGAGUGGAAGGCCAAAAUGCGUUCGGUAACGUGCCGUGAGCCAUGGUUUUCGUGGACACCAAAAUUUGGAAGAUUGGUUUGGGUAGAUGAAGACGAAUAUCGAACUGCAGAGUAUUACAGUCAUAUUUGGUCUCCAUAUGCUAUCCCACACGCACUAGGGCUGGAGCAUUAUUAUCACCACAAAGUCACUUCUUUCAUAGAAUUCCGAUCCAUUUGGAGCUACCGUAUGAUCGAUUUUGAAAUCGAUAGCUCGCCGACUGUCGAGUGUACCGAAUUGUGUUCAAAUCACAAUGACGACGUUGACACGUCGAAUUUGAAAAUGGCAACCGUCAACAAGCUUCGUCGAUUCUUGUUUGGAAGUGACAGUGAGGAAUCCAAGAUCAUACUCUGUGAUAAUCAUAGAUUCCUGGGAAUCCUUUUCGGAUCGAUGGGUACCAUGAAACUGGUAUCAGACACCAUGGGAGACAUGGGAAAUGUGUACUUGGGGUACGUGUGGUCCCCAGAUGAAGAGCUCCGUAAGAAGCUUUUUGAAGAAGGAGUUUCCGCUGAUGACUGUCCAGAUGAUGAUGAUGAACCACCAGAAUCCUUUGACUACUACAAUCCACGUGAGAUUUCUUGGCUUGAGCAUCGCGUCAUGGAAAUCACUGGCACGCUGGGUCCAGUGUCAACACACUACGAACAUCCAAAAAAGAAGAAGGAGCCUUCACGUACAUUGACUCCCCAGCAAUUUCAACAACAAGCAGGUGGCCUUAUUGACAUGAUGGAGAUGAUAACCAAUGAAGGGAAAUCUGAAGAAGAAAGAAAUGAUAAAGAGUCCAGCAAAAGAUUCGAAGAAGCAAGAGCAGUUUUGAAAAGUUAUGCAGCCAAUGGGGAUGCGGUUGCGGCGCUGCAAACUCUUGAAGAUUUGAAAAAAAAAUAG